AUGCAUGCUAAGGAUAUACUAAGGAAAGUAAAUAUGAUGAAGUGCAAUCCAGUUUCCACCCCAAUGGAACCUAGAAAGAAGCUAUCUAAAAAUGAAGAAAGGUACCAUGUUGGUGCAAGUAGAUAUCGAAGCUUAAUCGAGAGUCUCAAGUACUUGACAAACAGAAGGCCUAACCUUAUGUUGAAUGUGGAAGUUACAACCUAUAUUAUGGAGGAGCCAAUAUAUACUCAUUGGAAAACACUAAAGCGGAUACUAAGAUAUAUGAAUGGAACUUUAUCUUUUGGAUUAAUGUAUACUAAGUCAGAUAUCUACCAACUUAGUGGGUACUUGAACACUGACUGGUGUGAAGAUGUGGGUGAUCAGAAGAGCACAACUGGUUAUGUUUUUUUCAUGGGAGAUACAACAUUUACUUGGCUCUCAAAGAAACAACCUACUGUAGCACUAUCAAUGUGUGAAGAUGAAUAUGUGGCAGCAUCCUAG